AUGGCGCCCUUGCGGCUGCUCCUACUCGGGCCAGCGUCCCUCCUUCUGGUCCUGUCGCUCUGGCCACCCAGCGCAGGUUUUCUGCAAGUGGAAAUGGCAAAGAAGACUCAGACAGUGUUCUUGAAUGACAAUGUCACUAUUGUCUGCGAAGUCCAGAGUGACCGCCCCCUGAACCUCACGCUUAUGGGUGUCACCUGGUUGAGGAAGCAUCAUAUGUCAACAACAGAAGUUACAGUGUUUCAGUAUUUUGGAGGCAACCAAAUGACAAUGCGACCUGGAGCCUCUGUGUCUCUAUCGAAGCUGGAAAGAGGGGAUGCCUCCCUGCGGCUGCCAGACAUCCAGCUGGAGGAAGCAGGAGAGUACAGAUGUGAGGUGGUGAUGACCCCUAACAAAGCAGUGGGAACCACCCAGCUGGAGAUUGUGGCUUACCCAGUCCCCAGCUUGUUUCCAGAGCAAGCCAUGGUGAAAGAAAAUGAAGAACAACUUAUUUCGUGUAUGGCAAGUGGGUUCUACCCCUUGAACAUUACCAUUACAUGGAAAAAGUGGACCCAGAAGGAUCCCCAGUAUGUGGAGCUUUCUGAGGGCGUCUUCACUAAUUAUACCACCGACAAUAAGAAUGUCACUAGCUUCUUGAGGCUGAAGCCCUCUCUGGAAGACAAUAUGACCAUCUACCAGUGUGUGAUAUGGCAUAAAUCCUUGCCUACCUCCCAGAGGCUCAACUUUACCUUGACUGUGAUAGAAUCUGAGAAGACAGCUUGUACUCUGAAAUACAUUUUACUCUGUGUUGGAAUAACCUUCGUAAUUGUACUGAUUUUAUUUAUUUUUUGGAAACAGGUGCUACGCCGAAGAUAUCCCUUAUUCUCCGUCUUGAAAGCUUGUUCUCAGAACACUCAAAUUGACACAAGAAGGACUAAAGAACUAUAAUGAGGUGCUUUCAUUAUGAUGUAUUUGUGGCUUAUUCCGAUGGCGGAACCACUGGAAGAACAUUGGAAAUUCUUACACAGAAACAGCAGUAACAACAAGGUUUCUCAGUGAAUGCAUCUGUAACCGAAAUUACUUUUCCCAAUGCCUUAGGUAACUUGCUCAAGAACAGACUAUUCAAGCUGCUUUCUUGGUGGCCUCCUGCCAAUCAGCUUAUCCAAGAAAAAGAAAGCAGUGCUUUCCAAAGAAGACAUACA